AUGUCUGACAUUGCUACCAACACGGGCAUGGAUGCCAUGAUGGAGGAUGUUAAGAAGCGCGGCUACCAGGAAGAGGUAGACCGGCUGACUGACAACCACCUUGUAUACACAGAUGCUGCCGAUGGCAAACUCUCCUUUGCCCCCCUCGAUUGGCAAAAGCCAGGCUUGCGAGUUCUAGAUUCUGCCACUGCUGAUGGUCUUUGGCUUCGUGAACUGCGUAAGCAAGCUGGCGAUGCUGCGGCUAAACAGACAUACGUCGGUACGGAUCUGGUUGGGGACUUCUUUCCUGCGACCAAUCCCGAGGGCAUGGAAUUCCACCGCCAAUCCAUUACGGAGCCGUGGCCGGAAGACUGGAAUGAGACUUUCGACCUCGUUCACCAACGCCAGGUCUUGGGCUUUUGUGGAAAGUUCUCCUUGCCCCAGGCAGUAGCCAAUCUGUGCAAGCUGGCCAAGCCUGGCGGCUGGGUCGAGCUGAUCGAGCUCGAAAUCCACCAGGAGCUGUUGGACGAGGGCACAGUGAUGGCUGAGUUCGCCCAGCUGUUAGUGCAGAUGUGGAGGAUCAAGGGCAUGGGCGGCAACUUUGGUCUCAACUUGAAGGGAUGGAUGGAGGAUGCUGGACUGCAAGACGCGAAGCCCGAGUUGAAACUGACUAGCAUCAAUGGCGCCGCUGGAGCGGGACCCAUGAUUCUCGCUAUAGCUCGCGAUACCCCUGAGCUGGAGGGCUUCACACCGGAGCAGCUGGACACUAUGAUGGAGCGGCUGCACGCGGAGUUGCUGGAAAAGGGAAUGGUGUUCCACAGCUUUUCUGUAAUGGGACGCGUCCCUGAAGGCGGUCUGAAGCCUAAAGCUCCCGCUAGUUAG